AUGGGCAUCAACAAUCCAAUUCCCCGGAGCUUGCGCAGCGAGUCCAAGAAAGCGGCCAAGAUCCUUGCCAGUUUUAUCAAACCCAACCAGUUUGUCGGUGCUGACCAGGUGAUUCCACCUCAUGUGUUGAAAAACGCCAAAGGAUUGGCGGUGAUCACCGUCUUGAAAGCCGGGUUCUUGUUUUCAGGAAGAGCCGGCUCGGGUGUCAUUGUGGCCCGUUUGCCCGACGGCUCCUGGUCUCCUCCUUCAGCAAUCGUCACUGCUGGUGCUGGUGUGGGAGGCCAGAUUGGCGCUGAACUCACCGAUUUCGUCUUUAUCUUGAACACCAAGGCUGCUGUCGACACUUUUGCCCAGAUGGGCUCGGUCACGUUGGGUACCAAUGUUUCCAUCGCAGCCGGUCCUUUGGGUAGAAACGCCGAGGCAGCUGGAUCGGCCACCUUGGGCUCGGUUUCAGCCAUUUUCGCCUAUUCCAAGACCAAGGGUCUUUUCGCCGGUGUCUCUUUGGAAGGCUCGGCCAUUGUGGAGAGAAGAGAGGCCAACAGAAAGUUCUACGGUAACAACUGCAAGGCCAGAAACAUCUUGGCGGGCCAGGUGGAAGUACCACCAGCCUGCGAGCCUCUUAUGCGUGUCUUGGAGAGCAGGGUGUUCAACUACAACCUUGAAGGCGAGGACUACUUUGACGACGACUACUACGACGACAUCCCCGAUGAGUUCUCGGACCUGGCCUCCGAGUACUCCAGAGGCGGCGCUGCUGCUGCUAGAAGCCGUAGAAACAGAAGAUACUCCGAAGACUACUCGGACGACGACUACGACGACGAGCCCCGCCGCUACAACCGCACGGAGUCCUUCAGCCGAGGCUCCAAGACCGGUCGACGCUCGGCCUGGGAAGACAACAUCUACGACGGUGCAGGCCGUAGCCGCCGUGACAGUGACCUAGACAACCUUGGUUCAAGACUUGGCAAGACCCAUUUGGGCGACAGCAACAGCCCCUCGCGUCCCUCGGCAGCCUCCAAGCCCAACUUUGGCGGUGCCCAAAAGAGCAACGCUACACAGGCGAUUGCCCUUUUCACUUUCAAGGGCGAGCAGCUGGGCGACUUGCCGUUCAAAAAGGGAGAUGUCAUUGACAUUUUGAAGAAGUCUGAAACUACCGACGACUGGUGGACAGGCCGCAACAACGGAGCCAGCGGCAUUUUCCCUGCCAACUACGUCGAGUUGAUCUGA